GCCUCGGAGCCCGGGCCUGGGGGGCGGUGGGGCUGCGCAUGGAGCCCCCGCCCCCCGGAGCUGCCAAUACUGCCACUGCGCUACACACAGAGGGUGGCUGUUGUAAAGCCCCGGGAUCCCUGCCUGCAGCCAGACUGCCUGGGCUCGAACCCCAGCUCUGCCGGCUUCCAGCUGCAGAACUCUGGGCAAGUGACUGAACUCCGCCCCUAUUUCCUCAUCUGGAAAAUGGGAGGAUCAUAAUAAUGCCCGCCCCACAGUGUUGCUUCAUGACCGCGUGAGCUAAAACGACUAAAACGCCUCUCAGCUCUGAGCCAUCUGCCCUCCAGGUACCCCUGGGAUGGCGUGAGCGCUCCCCCAGCGAUGGACCCCUCUGUGACGCUGUGGCAGUUUCUGCUGCAGCUGCUGAGAGAGCAAGGCAACGGCCACAUCAUCUCCUGGACCUCACGGGAUGGCGGUGAGUUCAAGCUGGUGGAUGCUGAGGAGGUGGCCCGGCUGUGGGGCCUGCGUAAGAACAAGACCAACAUGAAUUAUGACAAGCUCAGCCGGGCCCUGCGGUACUACUAUGACAAGAACAUCAUCCGCAAAGUGAGCGGCCAGAAGUUCGUCUACAAGUUUGUGUCCUACCCCGAAGUCGCGAGGUGCUCCACUGAGGACUGCCCGCCCCAGCCUGAGGUGUCCAUCACCUCUACUGUGGCAAAUGUGGCCCCCACUGCUAUACAUGCUGUCCCCGGGGACGCUGCCUCUGGGAAACCAGGCACACCCAAGGGUGCAGGAAUGGCAGGCCCGGGUGGCUUGGCACGCAGCAGCCGGAACGAGUACAUGCGCUCAGGCCUCUAUUCCACCUUCACCAUCCAGUCCCUGCAGCCACAGCCACAGCCGCCCCCUCAUCCUCGGCCUGCCUCAGUGCUCCCCAACACCGCCCCUUCGGGAGCAGCAGUGCCCCCAUCUGGGAGCAGGAGCACCAGUCCAAGCCCCUUGGAGGCCUGCCUGGAGGCCGAGGAGGCCGGCCUGCCUCUGCAGGUCAUCCUGACCCCACCCGAGGCCCAGAACCCUAAAUCAGAAGAGCUGAAUGUGGAGCCCGGGUUGGGCAGGCCACUGCCCCCAGAAGUGAAAGUGGACGGGCCCAAGGAAGAGUUGGAAGCCGCAGUCGGUGGGGAGGCGGGGUUUGUGCAGGAAGUCGCUAAGGCCGGGCCGGAAGUCCCUCCUGCGGAGGGCGUGCCGGCCCGGCUGCCCGCGGUCGUCAUGGAGACUGCGGCGCAGGUGGGCGGCCUCGCGGCUUCCACUGCUUCCAGCACAGAGAUCGCCCAGCCUCAGAAGGGCCGGAAGCCCCGGGACCUGGAGCUUCCACUCAGCCCGAGCCUGCUGGGUGGGCCAGGACCCGAACGGACCCCAGGAUCGGGAAGUGGCUCCGGGCUGCAGGCGCCGGGGCCAGCGCUGACCCCGUCCCUGCUACCUACGCACACAUUGACCCCGGUGCUGCUGACACCCAGCUCGCUGCCCCCCAGCAUUCACUUCUGGAGCACCCUGAGUCCCAUUGCACCCCGUAGCCCAGCCAAGCUCUCCUUCCAGUUUCCAUCCAGUGGCAGCGCCCAGGUGCACAUCCCUUCCAUCAGCGUGGAUGGCCUCUCAACCCCCGUGGUGCUCUCCCCAGGGCCCCAGAAGCCAUGACUACCACCACCACCACCCCCUUCUGGGGUCACUUCAUCCAUGGCCCUGAACUUCUCUCCAGCCAGCCGUCUCAAGGAGAAACAUAGUUCAGCUGACAGACUUAUGCUCUAGUUGUGGUGGGGUAGGGAUUCUUAGGAAAGAUCUCUCAGUAACCCUUUCACAGGAAACAUACAACUUCUCUCCUCUCGGUCAGUUCCCCAGUGGCCGCCCUUACACGUCUCCUACUGCAGUGGUGGGGACGGUUUAUUUAUUUAUUUUUUGAAGGCCACUGGGAGGAGCCUGGCCCACCCCUUUUGGGGGGUUGGUGAGGACAUCUCCCCCAUCUCCACAUUUUCUCCCCAAGAUGAGACAGUCGGGGUCUGGCUUGAGAAGGACCUUUAUUUAUUUCUCAGCCUGCCCUUGGGAAGCUGAGGGAGCCCUGUCUCCAUUUUGGGGUGUGAGUAGAAGAGGUAGCUUGUUGUUGUUUAUUAUUCCUGGCCAUACCGGAGGGUCCAGAAAGAAUUUGUCCCGUUUAGCGGUUUGGGAGUCUUGGCCAAGGGAAGACUCACACCCUUGAAAUAGGAAUUUCCACCUCCCCAGCCUUUGUCUCAGAUAUCACCUUUUAGGCCAGGGAGGAAUGCCCCUUUUGUUCUUCUCCCCCUGAGAAGCCAUUCCUGUGUCUGCCAAACUCCUGGGGUCCUGCCUGUUACCUCCCAAUGGAGGGUUUUUUUGGGGAGUGGUCUCCGUCUGGGGGGCCCCUCCAGCCAGUACUCCAGGUCACCUUGUCCCCCCGCCCCCUGCCAUUUUGAUAGUAUAAUCUAUUUUUAAACAGGGCUUUUCAAUAGGGGAGAGGGGAGCAUCUCUUCCUGUAUCUGAGAUGGGGUGGGUGGGAAGGAAGGGAUUUGGUGGGGGGGAUCUUCCUGCCACCCGCAAGUGUUUAUUUUUGAUACCAAACGUGUAUUUUCAGCUCCCUCCCUCCCAGCCCCCCAAUUUCCUGCGGGCGGGUACAAAGGACCCUUUAAGUGUCCCUGGAGUUGGGAGGGAGGAAUGGGGGACAUAAAGCCUGUCCUAUCUGAAUUCCAGGCUGGAGAGGGUGGGUUCAAAGGACUCCUGGGCUCACCUCCUAUCAGCACCGGCCUAGCCUGGGCCUAGGGACCUGGGGGUUGGUGAUUUGGGGGACGGUGCUACACCUGUCUCCACUGUUUGUUUUACUUCCCCAAAAAUGGAUCUUUUUUUCUAAGAGUCCCAGAGAAUGGGGAAUUGUUCCUGUAAAUAUAUAUUUUUAAAGGUGA